GGUGCUGACGCCGACCAUGGACCACACCAUUUCCAUCCAGCCCGCCUCCAUGAUGGGCCCCCUGACCCAGCAGCUGGGCCACCUCUCCCUCAGUAGCACUGGCACGUACAUGCCAGCGGCAGCAGCUAUGCAAGGAGCUUACAUCCCUCAGUACACGCCCGUGCCUUCCUCCAGCAUCUCAGUUGAGGAGAACAACGGCCCGCAGAGUCAAGUGGCUGUCGAGUCUCCGUCAGAUCACGCUGCCUACUCCUAUCAGUACAGCAAGUAACUGCAGCUGGACCAGGCGUCUCUGCUCCGAGCGCUCGCCCCGAGGGAGAUCGCCACCUCCUCUUUGAUUUGUGCUGCAUCUAGAAGAUCGAAUCCAAUUUUUUUUUUCUUCGUUCGUUUCUUUCUUUUGCAAAGAAAACAGUUUUGUAAAAAAAAAAACAACAAAAAAAAAAAACCGGCAAUAGACUUUGCUCACCAAGGAACCAAAGCGGUGGAAUGGGGGGGCUGGGUCACCAGAUCCACUCCGCGCGGACGGACAGACGGACUGAGGCCUAUUUUAAUAGGAGGGGGAAAAAAAAGUGUUUGGUUUAUUUUUGGUCGUUGUUUUGAAGAACCCCCCCGCCCUUUUUUUUUUUUGGGUGGUUCUUUGAGGAAAGGCUUGAUCCAGGAGGGUGGAUCUGGCUGCCCCGGAGCGGCGAGGCUGCAGAUUCGAAUCUCUGGGACAAUCGUCGUUUUCUUUUGUCAAUUAAGGAUUACUUUUUCGUUCCUUUCUUUUUCUUUUUUUUUAAAGGAAAAAUAUGCAACGUUUGAUCAGUUUUAUUUUGAGGGGUUUUUGGUUGUCCUGCUCCCCGACCGAUUCCGCCCGUUUCUUCGCCCCCCUCCGGACGCUUCUCCACGCCUGAAUGCCACUGUAGGAUAAAGAAUUUUUUUCCGGGGGAGGGGUUGCUUUAAAAGAAAAGGAAAAAACCGCCACAAAAACCUACAAAAAAAAGCCCCACGGUUGAUUUUAUUGUUUUUU